AUGUUUUUCUCUGCUUCUUUAUUUGUUUCUUUCAUUUUUCUUUUCAGUUCGGUUUCUUACUUUCUUUAUGUUUUUUCUUUGUUGUUUUUUGUUUCAAAACUUUUUUUCAUUAUUUAUUCCUAUUUUCUGUUUUUUUCUUUCACAUUUUUUUCCUUUUUCUUUCUAAUUUUCUUUUCGUCUUUGGAUUCUUCCUUUUUUCAAUCCUUUCAUUCUGAUCGUUUCUUUCUUACGUUACACUCUAUUUCAUUUCACUUUCGUACCUUUUCUUUCAUUUCCUUUCUUCUUUCAUUUCCUUUCUUAUUUCAUUUCCUUUCUUCUUUCUUUUCCCUUCUUCUCUCUUUUCCCUUCUUCUAUCUUUUCCCUUCUUCUAUCUUUUCCCUUCUUCUCUCUUCCUUUUUUUCCCUUUUUUCUUUCCCUUUCUUCUUUUCCUUUCUUUCUUUUUUCCUUUCGUUUCUUCCUUUCGUUUCUUCUUUUCUUUCGUUUCUUUUUUCUUUCUUCUUCUCUUUCCCUUUCUUCUCUUUUCUCUUCUUCUCUCUUUUCCUUUCUUCUCUCUUUUCCCUUUUUCUCUCUUCCAUUUUUCCCUUUUGUCUUUACAUUUCUUCUUUUCCUUUCUUUCUUCUUUUCCUUUCGUUUCUUCUUUUCGUUUCUCCUUUUCUUUCGUUUCUUUUUCUCUUUCUUCUUUUCUUUUCGUUUCUUUUUUUUCUUUCGUUUCUUUUUUUCUUUCGUUUCUUUUUUCCUUUCGUUUCUUUUUCCUUUCGUUUCAUUUUUUUCUUUCGUUUCAUUUUUUCUUUCUUCUUUUCAUUUCGUUUCUUUUUUCUUUCGUUUCUUUUUUUCUUUCGUUUCUUUUUUUCUUUCGUUUCUUUUUUCCUUUCGUUUCAUUUUUUUCUUUCGUUUAAUUUUUUCUUUCUUCUUUUCAUUUCGUUUCGUUUUUUCUUUCGUUUCUUUUUUCCUUUCGUUUCUUUUUUCCUUUCGUUUCUUUUUCCUUUCGUUUCAUUUUUUUCUUUCUUCUUUUCAUUUCGUUUCGUUUUUUUCUUUCUUAUCGUUUCUGUCUUCCUUUUUUCACAUUUCUCAUUUGUUUUCAUUUAUUCCUUUUCCAUUUAUUCUUUUUUCCCUUUUCCUUUCUAA